AUCAUGUAUCAAUUACACUUGUCCUCAACCAACUUCUACUCAAUUUUCCAGGCGAUCGGCAGAUUAGGUGGCCACCCAAUGAAGCAGGAGUGUGAUAAAGUGAAAACAAAGAUAUUGGAUCAGACAAACCAAGAAAUAAUGUUAGACAUUAAACGUUCAAAUGAUGAAAUUAAAGAAUUAAAACAAUCAGUCGAAAGUUUAAAAAUAGCAAAUGCUGAUUUUACAAUGGAAGUCGAAAAGUUAAAAGAUACUGUGCCUUGGAAUGUCAGAGCACAAUUCAAUCAGAUCCUUAUUGAGUGGAAGGAAAAUGACAGGAUGUUUAUAACAACCAGAGCUGCCAAACAUGUACUGACAUGUAUAAAGGAGAACAGCUGUGUGACUAUUACUGCUAGUUCCGGUGUUGGUAAGACGGCCACACUCCGACAUGUGGUAUUACAGAUGGCUGCAGAAGGGUUCGAUGUACUGCUAGUGACAAACCCAGGUGACAUUGUCAAGUUUUAUAACCCGAACCACAAAACAUUGUUUGUUAUAGAUGAUUUAUGUGGGAACUACUCUUUAAACCAGACUGAUAUAAAAAUUUGGGAACCAUUCAUUGAUCGAAUUACAAAGAUUCUUACAAAAAACCUUGCUAAGAUAAUUACAGCUUGUCGAUUCCAAGUGUAUCAGGAUGACAAAUUCAAAUCUUUAUCAAUUUUCAAAUCAUGUGUAUGUAACCUUUUAUCAGAUAGCAUGUGCUUGACAAAAGUUGAAAAAGAGUCAAUAGCUGAAAUAUAUCUUAAAACUAAAGCUCUUGAUGUUACAGAUUGUUAUGAUUUAUAUGAUUGCUUCCCACUUUUGUGCAAAUUGUAUCGAGAAAAUCCUUCACUUGAUAUCAGAGAUUUCUUUUGUAAGCCUUUUUCAGUUUAUGAACAGGAGAUUGACAUGCUGCAGAUAAAAGGAUUUCCCAGUAAAUACUGUGCUUUGGCUUUAUGUGUGAUAUUUAACAACAAUUUAAUGGAAGAAACGUUAACAGAGGAGGUGAAUGAAGAAACAAGAGCCAUCAUUGAGAAUACAUUUGAGGCAUGUAAACUGGACAGAGGAACCUCAAGGCUUGUAAUACAGGAUGAACUGAACUCAUUAAUACACACAUUCCUGAAAAAAGAACAAAACAUAUACAAAACAAUUCAUGAUAAAAUAUUUGACUUCUUAGUGUACUACUUCGGAAAGAAAAUAAUCAACUGUUUAAUAAAGAAUGCACAUAGUGGUUUGAUCAACGAAAGAUUUUUGUUACAAAAACAAGAGAAUGCGGAUCAGUUUAUAUCAAUUGUACCUCCUAAGUAUCAUCAAAGGUUCAUACAAAGAAUGAUUGAUGACUGGUCAAAGGGUGAGGUUAUCGAAGUGUUUUGUAACAUGAAUAUGGAAAUACCUCAGUUCAAACAGAGACUUCUCAGUUAUUUGAAUGGACUAGAAACAUCUUACCAAAGACAAUUAGCACACACCUGUGAUGUACAUUAUGAUGAUACUGUACUGUUACAGUUAUGUUUUGAUGGUCAUAUUCCUAUGAUUUCUUGGUGCUUUAAUCAUAGUGUUGAUGUUAAUCAAUGUAGAAAUAAUGAGAUGACCCCAUUGCAUGUUGCUGUUAGUAAGUGUUCGACAAAAAUAGUAAGGAUGUUGUUAGACAUAAGAGCCGAUUAUAAUAAAUGUGAAAGCAGUGGUUGGUCCCCUGUAAUGAGGGCUUCUUUUGAGGGACAUACAGAAAUAGUAAGGAUAUUGUUAGAUGUAGGAGCAAAUUAUAAUAAAUGUGAAAAUGAUGGCUGGUCACCUUUAAUGUUUGCUUGUACACAUGGACAUACAGAAAUAGUAAGCAUGUUGUUAGACAUAGGAGCAGAUUAUGAUAAAUGUGCAAAUGAUGGUUGGUCACCUGUAAUGCUUGCUUGUAGUAAUGGACAUACAGAAAUAGUGAAAAUGUUGCUAGACAUAGGAGCAGAUUAUAAUAAAUGCGGUAAUGAUGGUUGGUCACCUGUAAUAUGUGCGUGUAGUGAGGGUCAUACAAAAAUACUGAGGAUGUUGUUAGACAUAGGAGCAGAUUAUAAUAAAUGUAAACAUGAUGGUUGGUCCCCUGUAAUGUUUUCUUGUAGUUGUGGAUAUACAGAAAUAGUAAGGAUAUUGUUAGAUGUAGGAGCAAAUUAUAAUAAAUGUGAAAAUGAUGGCUGGUCACCUUUAAUGGUUGCUUGUACAUAUGGACAUACAGAAAUAGUAAGCAUGUUGUUAGACAUAGGAGCAGAUUACGAUAAAUGUGAAAAUGAUGGUUGGUCACCUGUAAUGCUUGCUUGUAGUAAUGGACAUACAGAAAUAGUGAGAAUGUUGCUAGACAUAGGAGCAGAUUAUAAUAAAUGCGGUAAUGAUGGUUGGUCACCUGUAAUAUGUGCGUGUAGUGAGGGACAUACAAACAUAGUGAGUAUGUUGUUAGACAUAGGAGCAGAUUAUAAUAAAUGUAAACAUGAUGGUUGGUCACCUGUUAUGUUUUCUUGUAGUUGUGGAUAUACAGAACUAGUACGGAUGUUGCUAGACAUAGGAGCAGAUUACAAUGAAUGUGAAAAUGAUGGUUGGUCACCUUAAAUGUUU